AUGGCGACGGCGGAACCCAACGACACCAGCAACGAUGACAACAACGAUACCUCUGACGAGGUGGAAAGACCAGUGGAAUCAGCCUUUCGGCCCACUGCAACUCAUGCGACGAAUGAACAAGGACCCCAAGCCCCGACAAACCAGCAAGUGCCGCAACCCCCAUUCCCUCCAUCACACGCUCCUACUCUGUAUCAUCCACCGCCGCACCAUGAGUAUCACAGACCAAUUCCGGUCAGAGCUCACGAAACGGACUAUUCCCAUGGGCAUCCGCCUCCCCACCACCCGCCUCCGCAUGCCGCUUAUUAUCACCCGCCUCCACAUGCUGCUUACUACCCCCCUCAUCCUGACGACCGUCGAUGGCUUGGACCGCCGCCAGAAGUUUCCCAUGGUCAGCCACCACCGCCGCCACCCCAUGUUUACCCGGGAUACGACCAACACUACAACAAAUUGACCACGAGUCAAAGUUUUCCACCUCCUCCAUCUCACAUGCCAUACCCAUACCCCCAACCGGUCUACCCAAGCAACAAUCGGCUCGACGAAAAUCCUCCUCGCUUACCCGCUCAUGAACAUGCACCACCACCUUCAGAGAUUGCUACAGUAGGAGCAAGUGCUGAGGGGGUUGCUCGGGAAGUGGCAGUGUCUCCUACUCAGAUUGAGAGCUCACACCGAGACGAAGUCACUAAUAUGGGAUGUACAUGCAAAAAGACAAAAUGCUUGAAACUGUAUUGUCAAUGCUUUGCUGUCAAGAUAUAUUGCGGUUCCAAUUGCCGCUGCCUGGUUUGCUUCAACACAACAAAACACGAGAAACAAAGAAAAGAGGCAAUGCGCAUUAUACUAUCGAGGAACCCUGCUGCUUUCGACACCAAGUUCUUGAAAACAAAAGAACGCCAAACGGCUCAAGAACAAAAGCUAGUGCUGGCCCACAAACUUGGCUGCAAAUGCAGAAAAAGUGCUUGCAUGAAAAAGUACUGCGAAUGCUACGCAGGAAAUGUCAAAUGUAGCCCCAACUGUCGCUGUAUUGGGUGCAAAAACACAAUAUCCGGUGGUUUUGGUUCAGACAAACCCAGCAAUGCUGGCAUGCUCCUACCAAAUUACGAUUUGUCGAUGGCGCCGCAAGCCCGAAGAAGUGGGCGAGAGCCAUGGAUGAUGCAUGCUGCACACAACUUGGCUUAUCUCAAACAUGGAUCGCCAGUGGCCGAAAGACCUGUUGCUGCGAUGCAUGAUAAUAGUGCUGAUGUUGCCUCUAUGCCGUCGCUUGCUGCGUCCUCCUCAGACACAUCUCCAGACGAGAGAAACGAGGACGCAUCUGCGAAACAAAACUCUUCUGCUGCUGCCGCCGAGGACGAAUCAAAUGGGAAUGUUAACUCACUCCUCUUGGCAGCCAUGGCAAUGACAGAAUUCCAAUCUCGAAACAACAAUGGCACUGAUAGGCUGCAGACGUCCAACAGUGACGUGUCAACGCGUGAAAUGAGUGCCGCUCCACAACAGAUUGCAAAGCGUCCAUCCAUACCUCGCUCAUCGCCCAAGCGAAAGUCUAGUGAAGUCCCAGAGAAAAGCAAUGUUUCUCGUGACUCCAAACAGGGCGGGGCCGAGGAAGAGAGUCCGGGAGGACAGUCCAAAUUCACUGAACGCGAAAUGGCCGGGUCACCACUGGAUCCACGCGAGUUGAAACGAACACGGUUGGGUUCUGUGUUGAAGACAAUGACCUGGGCCGAAACAGAAGAAGCAGGACAAAAGGGGACACCAGAAAAUGCCGCCAAAGGUACCAACGCGACAAUUCCUGAAACUCCAGACGCAAAGACAGCGGGCACUGAUAAGCUCACACCGAUAUCAGCUCGUUGCAUAGACUUCAAGCGUAUGCACGUUGACGAAAAGAAGAAGCUGGAACAGCCCUGA